GGCUGCCUUCCGGUACGUCAGCGGCGCCUCCGCGACGGCCUUGGCCGAAUGCACCGGGGGCGACCCGAGGAGCUCCCUCACCAAAUCCGUCCGCGGCGACGCGCGCGACGCGAUCGUGCUCGCGAGGGCUUGUCCGCUCUGCGGCGUGCGCGGCACCCGGCUGUGGCUCGGUGGGAAUUGCUGCUGGGGCGGCGCGCGGGGCUACAGUGGCGCUUGCAGCGGCCUUAUCUCAGUGAGCACGGCUCGCGCGAAGCAGCAAUCACAACUCUGAAGCGGCUGUCGCGUCGGUACAGGAGGCAGCGAUUUGAGCUGUUUUGGCCUCCUCUCCUGGCUUGGUCGCCGCCUCGAUAGCACGCGCGGUGUGCUAACCUAGGGACUGAGACUGCGUCGCGUACCACAGCACUCUCGUCCAAAGCCGCUUCGAGCUGGACAGCGCGCACGGACGACGCCCCGCGGCCCCUGGAGCAUAAACACUCAGCUGUACUUUGGGCCUGCUACACGCCGCCGCCGCGACCCAGAGGCUGGGCGCAGGCCUCAAAAGUAUCGCAAAGCCAUGGCGGACGACGCGGACACAAACGCGACGCGCCUCGUGCACGCCUGGGCCGCGGCGGUCUGCCGCGGCGCGGCGCCGCAGCUCGAGGCAGCGAAUCCGCCGAUGGCCUUGGAUCCGGAUUGUGCGGAGGCCGUCGCCGUGGCUGUUGAGAGGAGACUGCGAACGAUCCUCGACGCCGCCGCGCAGCGGUGCCGACGGCGGCGCGGGCGAAGGCUCUCCGGUGAUGACCUGAAUGAUGCUCUCGAGUCACUCGGAGACGAGCGCGUGCUCGGCCAUCCCCGUCGAAGUUUGGUGGCUACUUUAAAUGGCUCAGCAACUCUCGAGCCGAAGGAGUUGGACUUGGAUGCCGUCGAGGCGGAAGCGCGCCAAAGAGCAUUGGUCGCGGCGCCGCCCGAGGCCGCCCUCGCUUUAUCGUGGCUCGCCGUCGAUGGUAGAGACGCGCGCGAAGACUCGAAGACGAAAGAACUCAAAACGCCGCCGUUGCGACGCGAGCAGGAGCUGUAUGUUAGAGCUGUUGAUGAUGCCAUACUAGGCAAGUGCGACGAAGCCAGGCGGCGCGAGGUCUUCCGAUCUUUACGAAGGGACGCCGGUCUAAGGCCGCUGGCACCUCAUUUAGCUGCAUUAGCUUCGAGAGAAGCCGCCGAGGCGCAUAAAACCUCGAGGCCGUGCGAGCAGCUGCGGUACGUUGCUACGUUUAUUCGUUCAUUAUCAAUGAAUCCUGGUGCCGGUGUGGAGUUCCACCUGCACCAGCUCGUGCCCGCGGCCCUUACACUUGUAGUAGCUCGCAAGUUGGGUGGAGGAGACGACCCGGACCACUGGCUCGUCAGGGAGGACGCGUCGCGAUGCGUCGCGUCCAUCUGCGAGGAGUUCGGGGACCGGUUCACGGAUUUGAGGCCCCGCGUCGUCCAGACGCUGUGCGGCGCGCUGGAUAGCGACAAGCCUUUUGCGACGAAGUACGGCGCGCUGCAAUGUUUGGUCGCGCUGGGCCCCGCGGCUUUACAUAGGUACGCCGAGCCGCGCCUGACCAAGCUGGCAAAUGCUUUUGCUGAAUUACCGGAGAGCGACGACAAGCGUAGAUGUUUAGAUGCUAUCGUGAGCGCUCGUCGAGGUUUGAGGGGCGCCGCUCCUGGUAGCUGUUUUCAAGAGCAGACGGCGGGGACCUAUGUAGAAGGUGAGUGGCGCGCGGUCGGUGAGGUCGAACCCUCGCGACCGCCGAAGCGGUUUGAGAAAGCUGACGACGUCCGAGGAGGCAAGCGCAAGCGCGGCCACGACGGCGCCGCGAAGAACGUGCGGGCGGCGCGGCCGGAUGCGAAAGAGGAUCCAUUGUUAGAGGCACUCGGCGAGCGGGCCGUCGCGCUGGCGGACUCCGGGGCGGCGGUGUUCAUCUGAUUUAUCUUGGCCGUGGUGUCGGUAAGUUAUUAUCCUUA